AUGCAGUCCUUUGUAAAACCUGAGCCUGAUCUCGAAGUUAAUGCCCAAUACUUACAUAACGAUUCGUAUGCGGCUGUUUGUUCUGAUUCAUCUUCUGGACACAGUCCAAAACCAGAUAAUAUGAAAAAUCAAGAAGCCAAGAAAAGAAAUUCUGUGAUUGUUGCUGAGAGAAAUAAUAUCAAUCAGCUAAAGAGUUUUUUAAUUAGUACUGAUCCAAUUCAAAUACCACUUAAACCUGGAACUAAUACUCCCGAAAAGGUAACCACAAAUUUUGUGAAAAGGGAACUAGAUAGUGAUUUAAGUAAAUCGUUCAAAUCGAAUAAAUCUUCUGAUAAGAUAUCUCAUUCAAGGAUUGAAAAAUCAACCACAAUGUCGUCAACGUCAUCAUCUACUUCUUCUGUAAGGAAGCAUAAGAAGGAUGGAUCUCAACACAAAAAAACGAAACAUACUUUAAAUGAUACGGAACAAACUAAUUCUACACAAGACCAUAGUUUGAUUAAAGAUGAUAUCAUUCCAAAAAAUCCUCUUGCUGUAAAAAAAUUGAAAAGUUUGUUGUUCGAUGUCAAUGUGAUAGAUGAUAUAGUAAUUUCAUCUAACACUUCAGAACUAUUAAAAGAGGUAUUUGAAGGCUUGGAGGAUCAACAAGAUUUAUCAUUUUGUAAAGAUCAAGCAGAAAAACCACUGCUAGAAUGGAUCAAUUAUGGCGAAGAACUAAAUAAUAAACAUCUCGAAUUGACCAAACAAUUAGUUCAGUUACGAAUUGAGUUAAGUUACAAAUUUAGAAUUAUAAUGGAAUUAAUCAAUGAUAAUUUUGAUUAUCAAAUGCAAAGAGAAAAAAGUUUGGAUGAGAAAUUAAGUAGAAUCAAAGUAAUCGGCAAUGAUAUAUUGAAUUUAUUAUAA